GCCACCACUAAUUAAAAUGGCGUUCGAGGUUGUAGUUAAAUUUUUAAGAGAAUCCAAAAAACAAUAACGCGUGUGGCCGCGACAGCAUAUUUCGCGCAUUAUCUACCGUUCCGUGGACGUGCAGGCGUGUGGGCGUGCGUAGCUCACAGAAUUUGUUAGCCGAUUCGAGUGAACGAGAGCCAAAGAGUUGUGGCUCCGUUGGUUAUUAUUGCAAAUUUUAGUACCACACAUACUCGCUCAACGAUAGCGACAGAAAUACGAGUGCGAGUAAAUAGUGAGGCACCCAUACUGGAGCAGCGACUAAAUUAAAGUUAAUUAAACGCCUAGUGGUAUUUCAUUUAAUGCAAUUUGUGAAAUAAUAGACGGAAAGAGAGGGAGGGAGGCAGAUCGAAGCGAAUUGCUACUCCCCCGCUCCCACUCACCCCUGCAGCAUGCGUGAGCUGAUUCUGUGUGAAGGUGCGUGAGAGAGUGAGUGAGACAUGUGCGUGUGAGGUGCAGCAGCAGCAACCAACAACAAAGGCAAAACAAUUUUGGCUUGUAAAAAGUAAAACAGCAAAUCGGUGUUAUUAUUUAUAUACAUGAAUAUCUAUGUGCGUGUGCCAUGACACACAGCCACUACGAUUUCAACCUUCAAGGCUACCGCAAUAGCGAUAACAACAAAAACAACUGCAGUUACCUUCGGCAAUGAAAUUUCCUCUCACCGCCCUCACCUGCUCCUUUUUAUCCUCUGUUUCCUUCACCCUUCCUCCAUCGCCUUCAACAACAAACAUGCCCGCGACGUAUAAAUAAUCAAUAUACAAAAUAAAUCCAUUUAUUUUUAUACAAACCAAACAAUAUCAAUUAAAAGUCGGAAAUUAUGAAUAAAUUGGAUUACCCACGUCGCAAUGGUACACACAAAGUUCGAAUAACGAUAUUGUGUGCUAGAAACUUGGCCCGCAAGGAUUUGUUUCGUCUGCCCGAUCCCUUUGCCAAGGUUCAGGUGGAUGGAACCGCCCAGGUUUAUUCGACGGAGAUAAGCAAGUCCUCCCUGGAUCCCAAAUGGAAUGCACACUACGAUUUGUUUCUGGGCAUUGGCGAUGCCAUCACGAUAACCGUGUGGAACCAGCGCAAGAUACACAAGGGGAGUGGAUUCCUGGGCUGUGUGAGGAUACCCGCGUUCAACAUACAGAGCCUCAAAGGAGCCGGAUUUCAGCGCUUGGACCUGGGAAAACUGUCGCCGGAUGACGACGAGCUGGUGCGCGGUCAGAUCAUCAUUUCGCUGCUUUCCAAGGACGGCCCCAGUAGUGGCAAUCCCUUGGCGAUCGUGGGACCCAGUGGCGAUGUUCGCGGGCCGUCGGAGGACGACUCUUCGGAGGACAGUUUGCCCGAGGGCUGGGAGGAACGUCGCACGGACAAUGGACGCAUCUACUAUGUGAACCAUGCCACCAAGACCACGCAGUGGGACCGGCCCAGGCACGCUAGCGGAGUGGGUGGCCAGACCACCUCGCCGCAUCAGCGCCACAAUGCGCACAACGGCAAUUCAGGCGGUGAUCGACAGGCGCCGGCUGGACCAACGCGCUCCACGACCUGCACGAAUCUGAUGAACGGCGGCCACCGCAGCAGAGAGUCGGCGGUCACGGCCUUGGACGAGCGACGGCACUCCACGGAAAUCCUGUCCAGUGCCGGCAAGGAGAACACCAGCCCCACAACCCCUGUUUCGGCCACGGCCACGCCCGGCAAGAAGACCACCUCAUCGAACUCAUCCUCUUCGAGUGGUCGCACUCUGGAGCAGCGCCCCACAAACGAACCGGCAACGCCCACUAGCAGCACUACGGCGGCGUCGGUUCGCCUGCACAGCAACAACGACAAUCAUGUGAAAACGCCAAAGCACCAAACGAACGGCCAUGCUCCGCCAGAGGCUACGCCCACCUCGCCCACGGGCCAGCAGAACUAUGUGAACGGGAAUGCCCAGAACGGGAGUGGCGCUGGAACCGGAAGUGGCCAGGCGGCGCAGCCCCAAAGUGCAAGCAACGGCUGGGCGCAGGAGGAUGCCACAACGACGACAUCGCCCGCGUCGACGACAACUCCUCCCAGGCACAGCCAGAGUCCGCCGACCCCGAACACAUCGCCACCUGCCUCGGUGACGCCCUCUGCCAACGGGAAUGUGCACAGUCCGAAUGCAAACAGCACACCGGGACGAGGCGGGAGCGAGGGAGGUGGAAGCAGAUCCUACACAGCAGCCACUCCCGGCCAGCGUUCGCAGCGCCGCAGUUCGCGACAGCAGGGCGAGGAGUCCUCCACAAGGCGACGCUCGUCGCGAGGAACUCGAAACGGAGGCACCUCUGGUGGCGGCGGCGGUGGAGGAUCUGGGCAGCGAUACGCUUCGGCGGCCAUUGCCGCUGCCAACCAGGCAGCUCGUCCCUUCCUGGAUCUGCCACCGGGCUAUGAAAUGCGCACUACGCAGCAGGGCCAGGUGUACUUCUUUCACAUACCCACGGGCGUCUCCACGUGGCACGAUCCACGGAUUCCCCGUGACUUCGACACCCAGCACCUUACCCUGGAUGCGAUCGGACCGCUGCCGAGUGGCUGGGAGCAGCGGAAGACGGCCUCGGGAAGGGUGUACUUUGUGGACCACAACAAUCGGACCACGCAGUUCACGGAUCCCCGGCUGAGCGGCAGCAUCCUGCAGAUGAUUCGACGGGGAGCAGUGCCACCGGCGGCGGCGAAUUCCGGGGCACCUGCUCCACCGGCUGCCAAUCCUGCACCGGCCACGCCCUCAGCCACGGCAGCCGUUCCGGCCCAGACAACGGUUGCGAGCAACGCCACAACAACGACGACCACAGCAAACCCGCCCCAUCGCAUCGUUCCGGACCUGCCGCAGGGAUUGCUCGAGGGCGCCGACCUCCUGCCCAAGUACCGCCGCGAUCUGGUGGGCAAGCUGCGAGCUCUGCGCACCGAGCUGCAGACGAUGCAACCGCAAUCCGGCCACUGCCGUCUGGAGGUGUCGCGCAACGAGAUUUUCGAGGAGAGCUAUAGACUGAUUAUGAAAAUGCGGGCCAAGGACAUGCGCAAGCGUCUGAUGGUGAAGUUCAAGGGCGAGGAGGGUCUGGACUACGGCGGAGUGGCGCGCGAGUGGCUGCACCUGCUCUCGCGCGAGAUGCUGAACCCGCAGUACGGCCUCUUCCAGUACAGCCGGGAUGACCACUACACGCUGCAGAUCAACCCAGACUCUGGAGUGAAUCCCGAUCACCUGUCCUACUUUCACUUCGUGGGACGCACCCUGGGCAUUGCCGUGUUUCACGGUCACUGCCUGGAUGGUGGAUUCACUACACCCUUCUACAAGCAGCUGCUGAACAAGCCAAUCACGCUUGGUGAUAUUGAGGGCGUGGAUCCUGAGCUGCAUCGCAGCCUCACCUGGAUGCUGGAGAGUAACAUCAGCGGCAUCAUCGAGUCGACUUUCAGUGUGGAGAACAAUAGCUUUGGCGCUCUGGUGGUACACGAACUGAAGCCUGGUGGUGCCUCCAUUCCCGUGACGGAGGAGAACAAGCGGGAGUACGUGAAGCUCUAUGUGAACUAUCGUUUCAUGCGCGGCAUCGAGCAGCAGUUUUUGGCCUUGCAGAAAGGGUUCUGUGAGCUGAUACCCAGCCAUCUCUUGCGACCGUUUGAUGAGCGCGAACUGGAAUUGGUCAUCGGCGGCAUCUCCAGCAUCGAUGUCAACGACUGGCGGAACAAUACGAGACUGAAGCACUGUACGAACGAAACGACGCAGGUGUUGUGGUUCUGGCAGGUGGUCGAGUCUUAUAGCUCCGAGAUGCGAGCCCGCCUGCUGCAGUUUGUGACUGGAUCGUCGCGAGUGCCGCUUCAGGGAUUCCGGGCGUUGCAAGGCUCCACGGGAGCGGUGGGCCCACGACUGUUCACUAUUCACCUAACUGCCGACGUGCCCACACAAAACCUGCCCAAGGCGCACACCUGCUUUAACCGGAUCGAUUUGCCACCCUACGAGACGUACCAGCUGCUCUGCGACAAGCUGACGCAGGCCGUUGAGGAGACCUGUGGCUUCGCCGUGGAGUGAAGAGCAGCAAAUGAAGUUACCAACUCCCGAUCCACGCAUAUGCAUAUACAUAGACACCUUUCAAUAUAUAUAAUACACAACAUUAUAAAGCAACAUAUAUCAAGGCGAUUUGAAAUCAAAAUUGUACUGACCCUGGUCAAGAUGAUAAGUUUUUAUUUUUAUUUGUUUGUUGAUGAACUGCUUCCGCAGCGCUGUUUAAUCUUGUGUGCUGCGCAUUUUGCAGUUAAAAAUUUAAUUAUUUAGCGAGUAUGUACUGACUCAUCGUAUACAUAGUUACCAAGUGCAUAUAUAACAUGAGUAUAUACACUUUCACACCCCCGAAACCGACAUAUACAUAUUUAUAUAUAUAUCUACCCUGGCCUUUGUUCGUUUACGUCGUGGCGCGUGUUAUAAAUUGUAGUUUAAAAUAUUACGAAACCAAUUAUACAUACAAUUAUACAAGAUUAUACAUAUAUCAUAGUUGAUAAUUAGGCAUAACAAAAUUUUUAAUUGUAGGCAUUGGACCGGCAAUUCUUUCGUGCUUUUGUUUACUUUAGUACAUUUUUGAUGUUUAUUAAUUACAUUUUGUACAUUUUUAUAAAACACAAAUCGAACUCACUGCUAAGUUUUUAAUUAUUGUUUAAAUCGUCCUUAAACACACCGCACAUCUGCAUCAACACACACUCAUCGACACACCUAGCUUGCAUAUUUUAUAAGUAGUAUGUGAGCAAAACGAUUGCCUACCCCAAAAAUGAAACGAAAAAAUAUGAGAGCAAAACAAAACACUUGAAAAAUUACUCAAUUAUUAAAUUAGUUAUUUUUUAAAUUUUUAAAUAAAUGCAAUUAUUUAAAUUACCCUUUUGUUGAUUUUAAUUUUAUUCCCUGCCGCAUCGCCAAAAUCAAAACUCUAAAGGAUCAAACUUCAUAUACACCUACAUCUUUAAUACAACAUAUUUACAUAAGUUUUUAAUGAAAACGAAUUGGACAAAUUUCUAGAAAGUGAUAUUAGUGAAAAUUUUAUCUGACUUUAAUUAAAACUUACCAUUUGGUAGAUAUUUAAGAACCCCACCCUGUACCCGUUUCCAAAACCACCCAAAGCCCCAAAAUGUAGUGCAUAUGUGAGAUCUAUUGAUUUUUUAUUAAGAACGAGGAUUCAACCCUUGGAUUUAAGCAGAUAGAAGUUACCCC